UGUAAAUCAAACGUCAGCUUGGAAACAAACAUAACCUCAGAAAAUAUGCCUCAAUAAUCCGGUUUAAAAAUGUUGCCUAGGAUUUUUAAAACUGUACAAAAUGCAAGAUAUCAAAGUACCAAAACAUUAGGUUGGAUUAUAUCUGAACAUCCUGAACUAGAUGAGAAUUAUUUUUGUAAUGGAAACAACUUAAAUGAAAUAAAAAAUAAUAUAUCCCAUCGUAAAGGUGUAGGAGAUAUUGAGCAGGUUAAUAAAUUAAAACAGAAGUUGGACAGCCUUAACUUCAGUAGUGCAGACUAUAAAAUUGUUAAAAAUGAUUUACAAAGUGAGUUAUUUAAAUUACCAAACAAAACUCACCCAGAAGUGUUAAAUUAUGGGGAUGAUCCAAAAGUUUUAAAAAUUGUUAAUGGUAAAAGGAAAUUUAACUUUGAUGAAUUAGAAUUUCAUAAUAUAACUAAAAGGUUAAAUUUGGUUAGAUCAGAACAUUUAGGUAAUUUAUCAGGAAGUAAAAGUUAUUACCUUUUGGGAGAAAUGGUGGAACUGGAACAGGCCUUAAUAAAUUAUUUUUGUGAAAAACUGUACAAUUCUGGGUUUGAGCUAAUUUCAGUGCCAGAUAUUUUACAUAGAAAAGUUAUAGAAAGUUGUGGGAUGAAUACCAGUGGAACAAGAACUCAAGUUUAUUCUUUGGAUAAAAAUCUACAUGAUCCAGAUUUAUGUUUAUCUGGGACAUCAGAAAUGGCUUUAGCAGGUUACUUUGCUAACAAUACUCUGGAGUUAAAUAUGGAUUAUGGGUUACCCAAAAAACUGAUGGCAGUUAGUCGUUGUUAUAGAGCUGAAACUUCUAAUACAGCAGAAGAAAAAGGCAUUUAUAGAGUUCAUGAAUUUACAAAAGUAGAAAUGUUUCUAUUAUGCACUUCAGAACAGUCACAUGAAAUGUUGGAGGAUAUUAGAAAAAUGCAAGAAGAAAAUUUUGCGUCAUUAGACAUUUGUUUUCAGGUUUUGGAUAUGCCACCUCAUGAAUUAGGUGCUCCAGCCUAUAGAAAGUAUGAUAUUGAGGCCUGGUUACCAGGAAGAAAAAUAUUUGGAGAAAUUUCCAGCUGUUCAAAUUGUACAGAUUACCAGUCAAGACGUUUAGGUAUUAAAUACAAAAGUAAGGAUGGGGAUAUUAAAUUUGCUCAUACUUUGAAUGGUACAGCAUGUGCAAUACCCAGACUGCUAAUAGCCCUUUCAGAAACAGGUCAAAAUAAAAACGGGACCAUCAGCAUACCAAAAGUGUUGCAAAAAUAUAUGGACAAUAAAGAGUACAUAUGUAAACAAAAACAAAUACCUGAGUUGAAGUUAAUAAAACACAAAAAUCACAAUUAAAUACUUUGUUAAAUUAUUAAAUACAUUUUUACAUCAAACUUAAUUUAUGUGGUAAAAUACACCUUGCCUUAUUAGUUCCUCACAUUCACUCCUAGGUAGGUAAUGUCUGCUAUGUUUUUUCAAAAAUAUAACAGAUCCAUCAUUUAGUUCAAACUUUCCAUAAUCCACUAAACAUCUUACUUCAAUAUAAAGAGCUUUUGGGGGUUUUAGAUCUACCCAUAAAUUUACGCCUUCCUCGCCAACAGACCU